AUGGCUGCCACGAGAAUGAUUGCUUCCGUUGCGGAGCGCGCCGUCGCUUCGCAUGGAGUCACCGGCCCCUCGCUGCGGCAAUCUUCGAGCCCCGCAUCUGUGGCUGGCGCUCGCAGCGUGUCCUUCUCCCAGUCGUGCGAGCUCACUCAGAGCUCCCGCGCUCUUUUCCCCGCAACCCGCACGGCGGGGCAACGGCGGUCGGCGCGGGGAGCGGUGCGCGUGGUGGCGCAGGAGCUGCGCACGGAGCAGAAGGUGAAGGUCACGCUGGGCCCGUACACCAACAAGGCCAUCAAGGCCUCCGGGCCCCGCCCCAAGGUGUCCCAAGAGGCAGUGGACAAGGCGCUGAAGGCGCGGUUGGACAAGACGCACGAGUUCGAGCGCACCAACUUCACUGGCUCCGGCGCCAAGCUGGGCCACACGGUGAAGAUCAACUUCGAGGGCAAGUACGCGGACGGGCCGCAGGCGGGGCAGCUGGUGAAGGGCACCAAGGCGGCGGGGUACGAGCUGCACCUGGCGGCGCGCGACGACGAGCCGUGGAAGACGUUCGUCGAGCAGAUCGUCAAGCAGGGCAUGGGGCAGGAGGAGACCAAGUCGUUUGUGCUGACCUUCCCAGCGGACUACAAGGCCAAGGCCCUCGCCAACGUCAAGGCGCAGUUCACAGUGACAGUGAAGGAGAUUGGCAUCAAGAAGGAGAUUGAGAAGGACCCCAGGCCGGUUGACGUGCAGCGGGCGGAGAUAGAGCAGCAGCUGCUGGCAGUGGAGGAGCGCAAGAGCAACGAGGUGCUGGACGCACAGAUCAAAGCCGCGCUCAUGGACUCCUCUGAUGCAGACGUUGAGAAGGUGGCAGCGAGUGUGACAUGGGCCAAGUUCGGGGAGAAGUCUCUGCAGGACUUCAAGUGGAACGUGGUGCAGGAGGAGGUGUCUCGGCUGGAGGGUAUCCCUUUUGAUCAGGUGCCAGCAUUCCUAAGGAGCCAGGCAGACAUCACUUACACUGACUAG